CACUUUGUAUGCAGUCUGUCAACUGUGAAAAUGUUUCUGCUUAUUCGCAGAAUGGGUGCUGCUGAAGUACCAGUCACUUUUUAUGCGUAUGAAUACUUUGACCAGUGUAUUUUCUUCUUAGACUGUGCUGGAAACUUCGCUUAGCAGCAGCUGUUUAGACAGUCUGGAUGGCUGCAUCCCAGAUCAUGGAGUUGACUUCCAGUGAAGAUGAAGACCAAGACCAGAUUGAGCUCGAGGCUAUUAGGAGACCACACAGAGCAGUGAAAUUUGAUAUGAAACAUGCAAAUCAAGAAGACUUAGAAGCUCAGCAUCACCAUGAGCCCAAACACACGAAUGCCCUGCACAGGAACAACUGGUCCUCUUCAACUCAGAGGGUUCUGUCCUCCAUGCCUAGCCGCUCUAUCAGAUUUAAUCAGUCGACUGCACUCUCCCGAUCCACCAAGACGCGAAGAAGACGACCUCUUAGCAUUGUGUCCACCUCUUACUGCGCUACAGAGCAGGAAGUCUUCAGAGGGCAGGAGGACUGCGUGGAUGAUGUGACCCAAAAUGAAGACCUGCUAAACAAAUUACAAGGUUUAUCUGCUGCUGAAUGUGUUCGGGUGUUGCGUGAAAUGCCCCUUAGUGUCUCAGAGAAGCGCAAGAUCAGAGCUUGGUUUGACUUUUGGGAUGCUGGACAGCCUCUCUCUGCUAACAGAGCCCGGUGCUGCCAUCAGUUUAAAGCUUGGUUCUUGAAGGUUUUGUGUGGUGGCUGCUCCGGUAGAGUCUCCCAGCAGAAAUCAAUACAGAUCUGGCAGGGAGUGCUUAAAAAAAUCAGCGCUCACUUUGGCACUGGGAUUCUAUCCUAUUUCAUCUUCCUCAGAAGACUGUUACAUUACAACAUCCUCCUCUUCUUCAUCACCAGCCUUUUCCUGGUCCUACCACAAAUCUCAAAUCCUCCAUCAUCAAAAAACAAAUCCGAAGCCACAGCUGAACUCUGGAUGCUUACUGGCAUGGGCAUUCUCACAGACUCUGUGAUGUUUUAUGGCCACUAUGGCAAAUCCACCAAUGAAAGCUGCAAACCAGAAAUAAAACUGUGUCCAGAAAGUUACAACAUACCACUGGCGUAUAUUUUUACGAUUGGAGCAGGCAUGUUUAUUACAUGUGUGAUGCUUGUUUACAGUAUAUCUAAAUCAUUUGGAAAGAGUUUCCGCAUAUUCAAGACUACCGGUAACUUAGCUUUAAAGGUUUUCUGCUCUUGGGAUUUUAAAGUCAGCAAAAAGCAGUCUGUUAAGCUGCAGUCUGUGAACAUCUGCAUUCAGCUGAAGGAGAUGCUGUCUGAGCUCAGCUGCAAAAAACAGAAGAGGAACUUGUAUUCAACUUUUGGCUGGUUGAGUCUACACUUUCUUGUAUGGUCCAUUUGCCUGCUUUGCAUAGCUGCCUGCAUGCUGGCUGUUUACUACUUACACCCUUACAUUGAACAGGACAAUCACAAGUUAACGAAAGCUAUUGAUUGGCUGAAACUGCCUUUGAUCGUGUCUUGCAUCAGUCAUCUACUGCCUGGUUUCUUCGACAUGCUAUCCAGGGCGGAGCAUUACGGCUCCCCAAGCACUCAGAUUUAUGUGUCCAUUGUAAGGAACCUGUUGUUGAAGGGUUGCAUUUUUGGUGUGUUGUGUUACUACUGGCUCAAGAAAAUUUCUGUCAGGAAGAAUGAACCAAAUACAUCGCAGUGUUGGGAGACAUUGGUUGGUCAAGAGCUUUACCGUUUUGUUUUAAUGGAUUUGCUAUUUGCGAUGUCAUACAUCAUCUUGGCAGAGUUUCUGUGGGGGCUGUGUAUAAGAAACAUAACAUUAAGAAGAAGGAAACUAGAGUUUGACAUCGCACGAGAUGUUCUGGAGCUCAUCUACGGUCAAACGCUUGUGUGGUUUGGUGUGCUGUUUUCACCACUGUUGCCUGCAGUUCAAAUUGGGAAACUGUUUCUACUGUUCUACUUCAAAAAGACGAGUCUGAUGAUGAACUUUCAACCACCCAGGAAACACUGGAGGGCCACUCAGAUGAGUGCAUUCUUCAUUAAACUCCUGUUUUUCCCCUCCUUCACUGGGGCCCUUGCAUGUGUCAUUUAUACAAUGUGGAGGGUCAAGCCCUCAUCCGAUUGUGGGCCCUUCAGUAACCUCGCCAGCAUGCUUCUCUUAGGCAAGAAGUGGAUAAAGGGCCUGGGCAAGUCGAAACCCAGUAUGUUGUGGCUCAGCUGGGCUUAUAAUAACCUGGUGGACAACCCUUUGUUCCUCUUCAUCACUGCAGGCCUGUUCCUCGGCAUUAUAUACAUUCACAUGCAAGUUUUGGAUGGCCAAAAGAUGAUCAUUUCUAAAUUACAAGAACAAAUAGACAAUGAGGGUGAAGAUAAGAAGUUCCUUAUAGCUAAACUGCAGGCCCUCAAUGAGGCAGGUGCUCAGCAGUAAGUGGUUGAUUUCCUUCUAGUGAACAGGGCUGUGUUUCCGUGACCUUGUCACCUGCUGAUUACUGGUUUUAUCCAGGAAGGCUGAAUUCUACAGAAAUGAAUUUGGACGAAUGCAUUGUGGUAACCCCUUCAAAAAUCCUACCUGAGAAACCGGUGCAUCUUAUAUAGAACUCAAACAACAGCUGCUUUUUUGGAAACAAAUGACACUGAUAUUCAGUAGUGUUACUGUCAUUUAGUCAUAUAAAAUGUUUUAAAUGUAAAUGAAAAGGUUUAUUUUUGCUUAUGGAAAUGUUUUUUAUCUGUCAGUUCUUUAUUGGAACUGCUAAAGAGCUAUAUUUGUGUAUGGUUGAGGAUGUGAUGAUAAUUUUAAAUAUUUAGAGAUCAGUUGUAUAGUGCAGUUGUAUAGUGUUUCUUGCGACAUGUUUAUGAUGAGAUUGACUUCAGUUUAUCUAUCUGCUGUGGUUUGAUCAUUUGAAAUCAUUCAAUAAAUGCAACAUAUAUGUGUUACAAGAA